AUGAAGACAACUCUGGACCACAUGGCAGUGAGUUCAGACCUGCAAGGUUCUUACACAACACGCAUAGAUCUCUGGUCGUCGCUUGCUGUCCUGCUGGGCUGCGCCCUGGCCGACAGUUCCACAGACCGACUGUAUGUCAAGGCUGGCGGCAACCAGACAGUCUGCUUGGACAAGGAGCAGUUCUCCAGUGCCUGGCUUUUCCUCGACACCGACAGUGACGGUUCAGUGAGCAAGCAGGAGUUCGACACCUCGUGGGGUCGACUUAACCUUCCCGAACGAGACCAGGCGCCGGGCGACUUCGUGGAGAUCGACACCAACAAAGACCUCGUCAUCACCACCAGCGACUUGGAGUAUCUCUUCAGAGUGUUCGAUGAAAAUGCUGACGGGAAGUGUGUAUUGCUGAGUGGCGGCAGAACUUCAGAGGACUGUUUAACCUGGGCUGAUCAUGUGACUGCACGAUCUGUUGUCUUGGAGUAAAAGUGAAGAAAGUG